UGGGAUGAGCCGGAAUUCAGGCCAAGCCUUCCCUCCUCAACUUCAAUCCCCUUCUUUUUGAGCCGCCGUCUCUCUCUCUCUCUCUCUCCUGCGCUCGAACUCGAAAGAGAAACCGAGAUGGGGAGGAGGUCGUUCGGCGGACGUUCUCCGUCCGUCUUAGACCGCUCUGUUAUCCUUCGCCGUCUUGAGUCCUGCAAGAACAAGUCCACCUUCGAUGAAAUCGUCGACUACCUCCGCUCGAACUACCCUGAUUACAGACGAAUCAAGCAACAACCCUUCUCCAAAUAUGUCCAACAGACCCUAGAGUUCCAGCAACGAAAAAAGCUCUCUGCUUCAACCUCAAAUGGAAUCGACGACGACGACGACACCAAUGCUGCUCCUUCCCAAAGCCCUGCUCGUAAGAAGCUCAAGAAGAUCGAUUAUAGAGAAGAGAGACUGCUCCGAACGGAGACUGAAUAUGUCAGAAGGAAACAGAAUCAAGCGCAGGAUCUACGUGCAUCUACGUCGUCGUCUUCAUCAUCUUCUUCGGACUCGUCUUCGUCGGACGAUGAAAAGGAUGGUGCUGUAUCGACGUCGGAAGACGCGAUUUAUGAAGAGAAGGUGGAGCCAGAGUUCGAUUUGAUGAAGUCGAUGCUACGGUCGAGUUACAGUGCGUCAAAGAAAGUGGAGACGAAGGUUGAGGAAAAGAAUUUGGAGGUGGAAGUUGUUAAUAAGGCCAAGAAGAUUGAAAUGGUUGAAGGAAACACGGGAGAGAGGCUGGGGCAAAAGAAAUUGACAACGGAGCUAAAAGGUUCUCGUGAGAGGGAGUUGAGAGGGGAAGAUGGUAGUGAGGUGAAGAGGAAGGACGGACCGAGGUUUAAGGAUCUUGGUGGGAUAAAAGGGGUUUUGGAUGAACUGAUGAUGGAGGUGAUUAUUCCGCUUUACCAUCCGCAGCUGCCUCGGUGGUUGGGAGUGAGGCCCAUGGCUGGGAUUUUGCUGCACGGGCCACCUGGAUGUGGAAAGACGAAGCUUGCUCAUGCCAUUGCUAAUGAGACCGGAGUUCCAUUUUACAAGAUAUCAGCUACUGAAGUGGUCUCUGGCGUUUCGGGUGCAUCUGAGGAGAACAUACGCGAUCUUUUCUCAAAAGCAUACAGGACUGCUCCAUCCAUUGUAUUCAUUGAUGAGAUUGAUGCCAUUGCUUCAAAACGAGAAAAUCUACAGAGGGAGAUGGAGCGUCGAAUUGUGACACAGCUAAUGACUUGUAUGGAUGAAUCACACCAAGUUAUAGGGACAGCUGAUGUAGAUUUGGAUUCAGAAUCAUCUGAUUGUAGGCCUGGCUAUGUUCUUGUAAUUGGUGCUACAAAUAGACCUGAUGCAGUAGAUCCUGCCCUAAGGAGGCCUGGGAGAUUUGAUCGGGAGAUUGUUUUGGGUGUUCCAGAUGAAAAUGCACGGAUGGAGAUCUUGUCGGUGCUUACACAGAAUCUUAAACUUGAGGGUAUGUUUGAUCUUGCAAAAAUUGCCAGGUCUACACCAGGGUUUGUUGGAGCAGACUUGGCAGCACUUGCCAACAAGGCUGGUAACCUUGCCAUGAAAAGAAUUAUAGAUAGAAGGAAGUCAGAACUCUCUAGAGAACCUAAAGAUGGGGAACAUGCUGAGGAAUGGUGGAGGCAACCAUGGGCUCCAGAAGAAAUGGAAAUGCUUAGUAUCACUAUGGCUGAUUUUGAGGAAGCAGCUAAGAUGGUUCAACCCUCUUCAAGAAGGGAAGGAUUCUCUGCAAUUCCUAAUGUUAAGUGGGGGGAUGUUGGAGGACUUGACUUGUUAAGGAAGGAAUUUGACCGUUAUAUUGUUAGGCGUAUAAAACACCCUGAAGAUUAUGAGGAAUUUGGAGUGGAUAUGGAGACAGGAUUUUUGCUUUAUGGACCUCCGGGUUGUGGUAAAACACUGAUUGCUAAGGCUGUGGCAAAUGAAGCAGGAGCAAAUUUCAUACACAUUAAGGGCCCUGAACUUCUGAAUAAAUAUGUUGGAGAAAGCGAGUUGGCAGUUCGAACAAUUUUCAGUCGUGCAAGAACAUGCUCUCCAUGCAUACUUUUCUUUGAUGAGGUUGAUGCUUUGACAACUAUACGCGGAAAGGAAGGGGGAUGGGUUGUUGAACGGCUGUUGAACCAGCUGCUCAUUGAGCUAGAUGGUGCUGAUCAGCGACGGGGUGUUUUUGUAAUUGGUGCGACAAACAGACCUGAGGUGAUGGACCGUGCUGUCUUACGUCCUGGGAGGUUUGGGAAGCUUCUUUAUGUCCCUCUGCCUGAUCCUGAUGAACGAGGACUAAUUUUAAAAGCUCUUGCUCGGAAAAAGCCUGUUGAUGCUGAUGUGGAUUUGCUUGCUAUAGGGCGACAGGAGACUUGUGAAAAUCUCAGUGGGGCAGAUCUUGCUGCAGUGAUGAACGAAGCUGCCAUGGCUGCUCUGGAAGAGAAACAGACGUUAGGCCAGUGCAGCUCAGAUGCAAAGACAUGGACCAUUAAGUCAGCUCAUUUUGAGUAUGCAUUAAAGAAAAUAUCUCCAUCUGUCUCGCAGGAGCAAAAGAGGUUUUAUGAGGUUUUGUCCCAGAGCUUCAGAGCAGCUUAAGAGCAGUUGAACCGAAGAUUUUGAUGUUUGUGGUCCCUAUGUGCAUUUUUUUUGUGGACCGUCAGUGCUGCACUGUAGCCGGCCUAUUUAACAGAAGCAGAAGCGAUUUUUUGGAUGUCGAAAGGGAGUGAUCAUUUUGUUUUGGUCUUCAUAUUGACUACCUUCAUACUAGACCACUACCACCAGAACAAAUUUUGCAUAGUUAUAAAAGAAAAGAACAAAUUUUGCAGAGUAAUUCAAAAUUCUUUUUAGGGAAAUAUUGAUUGUAUUUAUUCAUUUCACUUGUAUAUUAGCACUGCUGGGGCGUGGUAAAUUGACAAAUUUUGAUGCGAUCAUGUUAAUUGGACAGAACCGUGCACCAGAUGUUUAUGAUUUUUGGGUUUAACCACAAAUAACCACAAUGAAUGUAUGGACAUGUGCCUAUUUAGGGUUUCA